CCGGUCAAACAUGUUCAUAACUUAUGAGUAUAUAUAUAUCGAGUGCUUAACAUAACCAGAAAUCCAACAGCUCCAACCACAAUUUACACAUCAACACAGAAACAACAGUUUCAAAAGCUAAACUAUCAACUAAUUCUUUUUUUAAAACAGAAAAUCACUACCACAUCAACAAUAUGUGCUACCGAAUAAUCACUCACACUAUGCGCUGCGAUGCGCGACCCGUCAUUUCUGAUGGUAGCAAGGUGUACACUGACCCUUUCGCCUAUCCCCUCCCAUGCAGCUGCGGCCCUGAGCACUUCGUCCCAAGUUACCUUCGAUGCGAUGAUCAUGGCUGCUGUAUGAAGAAGGUCAGCAUGGAUUGGUGUCCCCACGUCGCUGAUUGCAACGAGGUCUACGAAGUUCAUCGCUAUGUCCAGUCUCAUCGUCAACCACGAAAUAUCUGGGGUCCCAUUAACAUGGCCGGCGACAGCUUCAAUUCUCUCUGGAGUCUUCCCAUGAUUCAGGAGAAGCAAAAGACUUGGGACCAUCUUCCGGAUUUGGAGAACUGUCUCUUCAUUGAAAAGAUGCCACACUUGACGGCUGUCCCACCUUCUUUUUGUAAGGCUGUUGAGAACCUUGCCAACACUGGCCGUCUCAUUGUCCAGACACAAGAUCAGCUGGGUGCUCUUCGCAACGAAGUCGCUGUUCGCCGAACCAUGCACGAUGCUUUCCACGGAGAGGCUUGCUCGCGUGUGCUUAAUGAGUGGGAGUGCCUUCUCCAAGGACCUAUGGUAACUGGAGAACUGCUUGAAAAGCAAAUGGUUAAGAACCUUGUGAAGCAGCAGGAGAUCUUCAACACAUGCUGGACCUUCAUUCAGAGCAUGAUGUGGUCUCGUCAAGUGGGCAAAGACCUUAUGAUCCAGAAUGUACCAGUCGUUUGGGAUCAGUAGAAAGAACCUGGGUCGUCUCCUUUGGGUGUUUGGCGGUUGAAUUUAGAAUGCAUUUUUUUGAGUUGGCGUUUGGGAUAGGGAAAGGUUAAUUUCGACAAUAGAGGAGGGUAUAGAGAAUAACGAAUUUGGACCUCGUUUUAUAUAACAAUCGUUCGGGUCACAAUGACAACGUAAAUAUCCUAAAUAG